AUGUCCGGGGGGAAUUCGCUGAAUUUUGGGAGCCAAAAUGUUUUCCAUGAGGAGGAAGUAAUCGAGAGAGAGCACGACCUUUCUGAGUACGCUGAGGAAGAGGAAGAAAUUGACGACGAAGAAGACACACAUUGCCACGAAAUUUAUGAUACCGACGAGUACGACGAACAGAUCAUCGAAAGCAUAUUUGACCUAAAGGAAGACCCUAAAACCCAGGAAGAAUACGAUUGUCAAAUUCGCAAGCUCAUUCCCAUCGUCUAUAAAGACCAAGAUGUCGACGCUGAUUCCAUGAUUCGCAAAUGUCCUGUCCAGUCGGAGCUCUAUAUAUAUCUGAAACAAAUGUAUUGGUAUCAGAAACACAAUGGAGCUGUAACAGAAGAAGUGAACGAUGCUCAAGAAGUAGUAGAGGACCAAAAUAAAUUGCCGCUUGCUGCCAAAACUAGAAGUAUCAUGGAAAUCUAUGCGCGCCGUGCUCUCUCGAGAGAGCAGACUUCCGAUAGACCAAACCAAUCGUCUUUCGACGAUGAAGAAUCUAUCGAUGACAAUGGUGACGAGACAGAGGAAAACUAUGAUAGCGAGUCCGAAAGAGAUGUUGAUGAAUCAGUCCGUAGCUCCGAUGCUCUCAAAGAGUACGCGCUACGUGCGUUGGGUGUAAGCUCCGGACCAGAAUGGGAGAAAGCAACCGCUAUCAAUAUUCAUCAUGAUGCAAUUUCUCAAGUUCAUAAAGCGCUCGACAUCUGCCACAAUGGGCGUGGGAGACAGGAUAUGUUAUUCCGCUCGCACCAAUUUUCAGGGAGAUCAACACUCCUGCACUCGGACGGCUCCGAGAAGUGUGUGAACGAGCACGACGAGUUCGAUCCAGACGAAGCUAGAAAGGAUGAACGCGAUAGUCGGUUAGAGCGUGGCGAAGACUGGAUAGUCAAACGUGAAAUCCCCGGCAGUACUGAUGUCGGAGAAGCCGGCAACGCUCCGCAUAUACAAAAUGGUUCGUUUGAUCAAGAAGAGGAUGAAGAUGAGACAGAAUACGACGAACAAGUCAUUGAAAGCAUUUUUGAUCUCAAAGAGGAUCCGAAAACUCGUGAAGAGUAUGAUCUACAAAUCCGGAAACUCAUUCCUAUUGUUUACAAGAACCAAGAUGUUGACGCUGAUUCUAUGAUUCGAAAGUGUCCUGUACAGUCCGAACUGUAUACUUAUUUGAAGCAAAUGUAUUGGUAUCAAAAGCACAAUGGAGCGGUGAUGGAUGGCACAGACGAGGAUGACAAGUCGCCAGAGGUGAAACAACGAGAGGAUGGAAGCCCAAAAGCGAAAAAGAUGACGCUUAUGGAGAUAUUUGUGAGACGGGCAUUACUAGGAGAAUCCAUUCACUCUGAUAACCAUGCAGACGAGAACAAAGUUUGUUCACUGUCAGAAAGCAUCGUCGACGAUUUUUGUGAAGAUGCGGACAUCGUGGAAGAAGCCUAUACACACAAAUACUGUGGCUACCGCGACCAAGCCGGCACAGUCCGCAAUCCUGACGAAUCAAAUGAUUCUUCUAAGGAGAUAGAGGUAAUGGAAGAAACCGAAGUAGAGGAAUUAGUUGACGACUCUGGCGACGAGGAAGACGUCGAAAUUGUUUUUGACGGAAGCGAACGUGAAGAAAUAGAAGAAGAGUAUGUAGAAGAGAUAGAAGAGACGGACACAGAAUACGAAGAGGAAAUUGAAGAAUCUUCAACCGCUUUCAAGGAAACAAAAGACUUCCUUCUCCGUCUACAAGACGACGUCAAGGCAUUUCGUCUGUGGUAG